AUGAUUCUUAAAAAAACUUUAUUAUCGAUAAUUUUGAAGACGAGUUGUCUGCAAAUAGUUUAUGGAGCUGCAUAUUCCAAAGUCUAUGUUACUAGAGGUGCACAAGAAGUUCCUGUGGAAUAUUUAAAUUAUGGUGCACCUCCAAUUAUUACAAAUCCACAAUUAGCUCAAAUAUCAGCUGCACCUAUUGGAUCUGUUCUACCCUUACAAAACGUUGUCUCUGCGUGCGUGGCACCAUGUAUUCCCAGUCAACCUAUAAAUACUCUAGCAACUGUACCUACUAGUUCUAAAAUCAUAGCAUAUAAUUCUCCAAAUAAACCUGCCGUUGUUGGUCCAGUACCUGAUGAGAAAACAAGCUAUGAGUAUUCAUACGUAGUAUAUGAUGAGAACACAGGAGACCAAAAAGCACAGCGAGAAUUAAGCGAUGGUUCCGUCGUAGAAGGAGAAUAUUCAUUUAUACAACCAGACGGUUACGUGCGAGAGGUGAAAUACAGAGCUGAUGACUUAACAGGAUUCAAUGCCGUGGUCAAAAACUUCUUACCACAGUCUGUACCUAAUACGGAUGGUAAGAAACCAGAAGCAAAAACUAAGAGUGUACCAAAUCCAGCAUGUCAAGAAACACAAAAAGAAGCGUUGAAAGUAGACCAAGAAUUAAUUACUCCUACUGAGACGCCUACACCAUCCACACCUGAAUUAAUUCCAACUUCAAUAAGGGAAACUGCUGAAGCCGUAACUGAAAUACCAUUGGAGCCUACAGCAAUCGUGGUUGUCGACCCUACUACUCCAGAAACGAUUAUAGCUAAAACUGCUAUUGAACUCGUCUCAUCGCCACCGAAAUCACUACCUGUAUUUAUUGAAAUUCCUACUACCGAUAAAACUAUCGAACCACAAAAUUAUGCUGUAGUCGAGCUAGUCAACGACUCUACUACUAAUGGUGACCCUGCUGUAACUGAACAUGACAUUAUUAACUGUACUGAUGUGACACAUACGCAUGAAGCUAUAAAAACUAUAGAAGUGGUCUCCAAACCUGAAGUACCGUUAACAAACGUUCCUGUGGCUUAUAAUGAUAUUAUUCGAUGUGUACAAGCAGCUAUAGCUAACGCCGGAUCUAAUGUAAAACCUUAUAUUUCCCCAUUAACGUACAUAAUUUUACCUGGAGCCAAUAAACCAUGUUAG